CACUGUUUUCAGAUGUGAGAAGGACAGAACAGUGCAAAUCUACCAAAGCCCAAAGUCUCAGUUCAGGUUUGGCAUGGAGGCUUUUGAGUUCAUCGGAGCUCACGAGGAGGUCUACAUCACCUGYUCGGUCAUCAUGUGUGAGAUYGACUAUCCUGGAACUCGAUGCUCUCAGGGAUGCAUCAACUCCAACUCGUGGAACAAUCGCAAGAAGAGGGACGCUUCAGCUGAGACAAGCAGCCACUUCAUUUCCCAGGGUCCUUUGCGCCUUGCUAGGACAAAAGAUGCCAAAGCGACUGGACCAAGCCUGAGCCUGGGCCUGAACCUGGUCUUCAUCGUCGGCUGCCUGCUGGCGUGUGCAGUGGUCGUCUACCGAUCUAGAAGAGCCAAAGCUAAAUACCAACCGCUGGCAACCUCUGAGACAGACUGAACUCAGAUCUGCUGCUUCCUUAGUUUCUGUCUUUUCCCCACUGGUGGUUUGAAUGAUAAUUACUCCAUAUAAUAAAAAAGAUAACAUGAUUAGAAAAUAAAACGCUAAACCUUAUGUGUACAAUGAAAUAAUGAGGGUGUUUGUGGAUGUACUUCUGAUUGUUUUCAACACAAAUUUAGAUCAUUUUGAAAAUAACAGUGCUGAGCUACACGUCAGUAAUAUCCUUGAUUUUAUACAAGUUAUUUACUCAAUUUUCUGAC